GUGGGCGUGGAGUACGGGCGGUGGGCGUGGAUUCGUUGGCCAAUAUAUAAGCAGCUCUUCCGGCACUUGUUUACAAACGUUAGAGCUCACUGAGAGGGGAGGACACAGCAGCUCUGCCAUCAAACAAUAGAGGAGAGGCUGAGUUAAAGCACAAUAGGUGGCUUCUAGCAGCUCUCUUCCUGCAGUUUGUGGAAGAAGUCAUUGUUUAUUCUUUUUUAUUAUUAUUUCUCCAUUGAGAGGAGCAGAUACCAUUUAUCAUCACCAUGGUGGUCUUCAAGAAAAUCAAGAGCUUUGUGCUGAGCUUCUCUGAGCCUGACAAGGUGUAUUGUGGAGGGGAGAAGGUGGCUGGCACGGUCCAGGUGGAGGUGGCUGAGGUGACCAGGGUGACAGCAGUCAGGAUCCUGGCCUGUGGAGUGGCCAAGGUGGUGUGGUCCUCAGGAUCUCAGCACUGCAAGCAGGAGAUGGAGUACCUGAGAUAUGAGGACACCUUGCAGAUGGAGGACCAGCCUACAGGUGAGAACAUCAGCUGGGAGUUUGUGGUUGGGGGGUGGGUUUGUGGGACCUUUAAAAACUCUAUUGAAGUGGUUGUAGUCCCUUUAACUCUCUAGCAUGGGACAGGGCAGGAAGUUUAAAAACCUCAAGAAGUGGUUACUGCCAUGUGAAAACUAAAGCAAAGUCUGUAUUUAUGGCUCAUCAGCUGCACUUUGUGGUUUAAAAAUUGUGAGAUCAAAACAAUGAAACUGACACUUCCUUUUAGCAGCUGAGCAUUUUUAAACAGUAGUGGUUAUGGUUGCAUAGAAUCUUUUUGUUGUGAAGGUGUAAACUUGUAAUAUAGCAAUUUAUGCAUUGCAGUGGUCAAGCCUUGCACUGCUUACUGUAAUAAAAUUGGUGAUAGUACAGUUUGAGAGCAGGGCAUGUCUUAGAAUCCAGCUUCAUUAGAUCAGUACUGUAUUUGAUACUAUGUAUUCAGAGCAUGGCAUGAUCAGAGGCCUUGGCAGGGCACUCUAGUGCUGCACUGGCAUAUUUGAUGGAGUUACUGUACUGCCAUCCGGGGAUUAACGGUCUCUGGCAUAUGUUGUGAGCCAACAUAGCUUCUUACUGUUAAAUUGCAGCAGUGCUGGUCAUCUUCACUGUCCAAAAAGUCCGUAACUUUCGAUUGACUAGAGUUUUGCUGAAUUAUUUGUACUGAAGCCUCUAAACUUAUUUUUCUUCUGUAUUUUUAUAAUUUAUAGAUUCAGAUGGCUCUGUAAUUCUGAGACCUGGAAACCGAUACGUGUACAAGUUUGGAUUCGAGUUGCCUCAAGGGUACGUUAGUCUCUGAUUCAUCCUUUAUCACAAACAUUCCGUUACAUGUAUUUCUUUGGGUUUUCGUGAUUAUAGUCUAAUGGCUAUUCAUUUUCUCCAGGCCUUUGGGCACCACGUUCAAGGGAAAGUAUGGUUCUGUGGAGUACUGGGUGAAGGCUUACUUGGAUCGGCCGUCCCAUCCUUCUCAGGAAGCCAAGAAAACAUUUGAAGUAGUGGAUUCUGUGGAUGUUAAUACUCCAGAUUUGACGGUAAAUUUUAUGUUACUUCUAUAUUGUCUCUGUUAACUGAGCCGCGUAAACUACAAUGUCUUAUUCUUUACCUUGUUAGUAAUCAGAACAAUGUCCUGUAGCAUUAAUUGUAGGAAGGGUUACUUAUUGUCCUUCAGACUGCAGCUCUGUUAAGUAUACAUCAUCUUUAUUGGUUUGACAUGUAAACAGACACAAGGUCUAGAUCACUACUAGACCAUGUAAGUGGAUGUAAUUGAGGUUACAGAUUAACUCUAGGGGUCAGAAGGUCAGCACGGUAGCUAAUCUAGUAACUAUUGACUAUUUGCAGCUGUAAAUAAGCAAUGCAAAAUAACUGGUUUUCAUUGUUUUGGACAGUCUCCAGUUUCUGGAAAAAAACACAAGAAGAUGACUUGUCUCUUCUUUCCUGAUGGACACAUCUCUAUGUCUGCUAGCAUCAAUCGCAAAGGAUUCUGUGAAGGUAAGCUGUUCUUUGGGUAUCACUUAACCUGAUUUUAUGAAAUGUAAAGUUUUUGCGUAAUCUCUUUAAAAAUUUUUUUUACAUUUUUAAUUUUUUUUUUAAAUGCUAAAUACUGUGUAACUGGUUUAGAAACAGAAUAUUUGUACAUUAAUGGUCUUAAUUGAAAGUGAGACUGUUCUUAAUCUUACUGGUGUUUAUCAUUACAGGAGAUGAAAUUUGUAUCUCUGCUGAUUUUGAGAACACCUGCUCACGUAUCGCAGUCCCUAAAGCGGCCAUCAUAGCCAAACAUACAUAUCUGGCCAACGGUCUUACCAAAGUCUUCACUCAGAAACUCUGCAGGGUGAGAGGAAACCACAUCAUCUCUGGCAUGACCGAUUCUUGGCGAGGAAAGAGCAUCCGGGUCCCCAAAAUAAAGCCUUCCAUCCUUGGAUGCAAUAUUCUGAGAGUUGAAUAUUCAUUACUGGUAAGUUAUGAAUAUAUAUAAUAGUAUUUUAAACCUCUAGAAAGGCAUGUACCACUACAAAAGCAUUAAUAUUUAAUCUUUCAUCCUUGUUAGCUCUCCUAUGCAUUUCACACUUGGGUUGUGUUUGUUUUUUUUUUUUUUUUGUAUUCCCAAAGACUUGCACAGUGAUUUUGGCAUGUACACAAAUGUCUGAUUCCAGAAAUCUAAUCAUUCACGCUAAAACUAGAUAGUUGAUUGUCCUCAAAUCCUAAACCCACAUAACUAACCUGUGCAAAUUUUAAUUUUUUAAUUUUUUUUUUUAUAGGUCUACGUCAGUGUUCCAGGAGCUAAGAAGGUGAUCCUGGAUCUGCCUCUUGUGAUUGGCAGCAGCUCUUCUGGAUUCAGCAGUCGAUCCUCCAGCAUGGCUAGCCAAACAAGUUCUGAAAUGAGUUGGGUUGAGUUGAACAUCCCAGGAACGCCAGAAGGUGAGAAUUAUUGGAUUUUAUUGAAUUCUCAAAAAAAUACUACUUCUAGACUCUAUCUAGAUUCUCUCUUAUUCUAAUUUGGGUCCUCUCUUCCGUUUACAGCACCUCCUUGCUAUUUGGACAUAGUUCCUGAAGACCACAGACUUGAGAGCCCCACUACACCUCUCUUGGAUGAGCUGGACUACAUCUGUGAAAGCCCUAUCUUCAUGUACGCUCCAGAGUUCAAGUACAUGCCUCCUCCAACCUACACAGAGGUGAGUUUCUCAAGCUACUUUUUGAUUACUUGCCUGAUCAUAUAUGCAACCUAUUUUAUUUUUAAUUUUUUUUGGCAACUUACUAAAAAUUUCCUCUUAUCACAGGUUGAUGCCAACAAAAAUACCUGCGUGCAUUAAGCAGAAUGUGAAUCAGUCGUCUGGCUUAUUCUCGAGUUCUGAAAUGUGUCCUCACAUGACCUUCCACAAAGCACUGCAAAAAGGUCAUUUUGUAGCCUUUGAUGCAGAUUCCCGGGAGAAGGGACAUACGAGGUUGAACACAAUGCAAAAUCACUUGACUGUAUCUCACGCCAUCCAAAGAUACUAAUUGUUCAAGGGUGCCAAUGCAAACUAAGAUGGGGCUUGCCCAUUUCACCUACCACUGGGAUACGAGUGGGUGCAAAGUAGAUGAGUGGACUCCUAAAGUCGUUUUUUUUUUUUGUUUUUUUUUUUUAAAGAGAAAUGUGCUAUUUUCUAUCACUCAAAAAUCUGGUAUAAUUCUGAUUUUUUUGUAACGCCAAGAACACUUUGUACAUUUUAUACUUUCGUAUAGUCGUGAAUAUUUCAAUAGCGUAAGAGGCAAGCUUAACCUUUUCAUCUGGCUUUUUAUUACUUGUGUUAUUCUCGUUUAUAAAACACUCCAAACUGCAUUCCAACAAGUUAAAUAUGCCUGUUAAUGUGGGUUUUCUCCCAACCAAGAUGGCUAGCAAGGAGUAUAAAGCAGUUUAAAUGCAUAUAUUUCCCAACUUGCUUAGACAAGCCAAGGCCUGCUCUUAUCGCAUACAUUCAGUAGGACUAUUAAUAGACAAGCAUGUCAAGACUAUGACUUUCUAUGUACGAACUGCUGCUUUUUGUAUUGCUAAAUGCAGUAUUAAUGUUUGUUCCGCACUUAUUUUGUAAUGUUUGUUUGUUUUAUUUAUGGCAAUAGAAUGCAACCACUACAGUUUUGAUAGCUACCAACUUUAAAGUCUUUCCAAAAGCCAACGCUUUGGCUGCAAGCAUUCACAUUUUCUAUCUAUACUUUAUCCGUGGGUAAAUCGAAGUGAACUUCUCAAAUUGAGCUCUUUGCAUUUUUAAGGAUCAAAAUCCUCACCGCUCAGGGAAUUCGUUCACAGAAUACUCGCCAAAGAAUUUUUAUAAAAAAGGGAGACUAGAGACCUCUGUCGCCAAGAGACCACAGUUUCUGUCAGCAGAGGUCCAAAACAGUUUAAAAACUUGUGAUUUAAAAGGGCUUUUUCUAAAAAAGUGUCUUGCGAUUAAAGCCAUAUAUUGUCAAUGCACUCUGGUCUCAUGUUGCUGCUGUAAAGCUAUAUUUGGGACUUCUAGAAAUGGCUUUGUCUUGCAACAAUUUCUAAGCGUUUUUAAUGCAAUAUCUUGACCUAAAUGGUUUUCUGAUGCCUUUUCCCAAGUAUUUUGAGUUCUCUGCAGAGAAUGCACUUAAACUUUUUAUUUUUUUAUUUUCUUUCUGUAAAUGUACUGUAAUUCAGCACUGCUUAAACACAUUUCCUUGGAGAAUGUAUGCCCUGUGCCGAGGACAUAUUUGUAACUUGUUACUGUAUUAUUUUGUAUAAUUAUGUUUAAAGUUUCUUUAUAUUUUUUACUGCAAUUUUUGACCCUAUUUUCAGGGAACUUUUGUUUUCUUAAUAAAAGAUUUAAAAAUUAUACAUUUUA